GCUUUUCAUCACUCUCCCUCUUGUUAAAUCUGCAUUUAAGAUUUUUUUCAGUUGGGUGCUAAAAUUAUAUAAUCAUUUAUUCUUUGAAAGGUCUUCCCUUUUUUUUUGAUUCGUCAAAGUCUUCAACUUUGAAAGAUAUUGGUUUUACUUUAAAGAAGCUGUUUUCAACUUUUUGGUGUGUCCACUCGAAGCAGAAAUCCAAACUUGGAAAAAAGGUGGAUCAUCAUUGGGAGCUAACAACAAUUUUGUUUUGUGGGUUAUCUUCACUUUAUUUCUGGCUUAUUCUGCUGAGCAUUAAUGGGGGAUAUGCAAGUUGGUGUUGCCAAUAUUGACAAUAAGGGGUUUUAUGGCUUGAUGGAGGAUAAACCGGUGGCUUCCUCGAAUCCGAGCCUGCAAAUGUCGGUUUCAUUUGGUAGGUUUGAGAAUGAUUCACUUUCAUGGGAGAAGUUCUCAGCUUUCUCUCCAAACAAGUACUUGGAGGAAGUUGGAAAGUGUGCAACUCCAGGGUCAGUAGCUCAAAAGAAGGCUUAUUUUGAAGCACAUUACAAGAAGAUCGCUGAGAGAAAAGCUGAGAUCAUGGACGAGGAGAAACAAAUGGACAAGAACGCGUCUUUUAGAUCCAUCGUUACAGAUAAGGGGAGUAUGGAAGGCGAAAAUGGCGGGUUGGUGGCAGAGUCCGGGGUUGAUGAAGGAUCUAAUGAGAAAUUCACUUGUGAAGAGGAUAAAUAUGUAACUGACGUUGCAGCUGAAGUGAGUGUCGACGAAGAAGUGAAGAACACACUGGAUAAAUCAGAAGAGAUGGUUCUUGUGGAUGAGAAAUCAGAAGUGGUUGUCCGUGUGCAGGAGAAGCCAGAAGAGGUGAGAGAGAAUGUAGAGGAUGUAGAAGAGAGUGAAGUGAGAGAAGAAGUUCUAUCGAAUGAUACUAUUGGUGAUACGAAUGAAACGCCAAAGAAAGAGAUGAAAAAGGAGAAAACCCAACAACUAAACAAGAAGGAUGGAAAUGUUGGCAAGAAUCGUAUAAGAAACUCUCCGAAGCCUGAUCAGGUGAGGACAAAACCGGAAGCUAACAAGAUUGUAACAAGUAGGAAAACUCUACCGAGCAAGGAGAUGAGAAACAUGGUGAAGGCAACAAAGAAACCAGCAGCACCUAUCUCAAAAGCCACACCAGGGUUUUCAACUCCAAGAGUGUACAAGUCAGCUUCAAAAGUCACUUCAUUGUCUACAUCUCAGUCUUCGGUAAAGAAGGAAAAUGUCUCGUCUUUAUUGAGAAACAAACAAACCGCUCCGAAGUCAUUGCAUAUCUCUAUGAGUCUUGGUCCAUCUGCCUCGGAUCCUGCUGCUCUUACAAGCACUAGAAAAUCAUUGAUUAUGGAGCGAAUGGGAGAUAAAGACAUUGUGAAACGUGCAUUUAAAUCAUUUCAAAAGAGUUAUGACUUGAAAACUUCUGUCGACGAGCAAAAGCCAGCUCUAAAACAGAAUCCUGCAAAGGCAGCUAGUAUUCCGUCAGUAGCUACUCGUCAGAAGCAAAAUGGCAGGCCCACUACAAAAACAAGUAGCAUGGAGAAGACAAGUGGUACUAGUGCUCGUUCUUCAUCUCAUGGACUCAAAAGCAACGGGACCACAGAGAAACAGCAAAAGGAGCUUUCCAAGUCUAGUGCAAGACCUGUAGAGAAGACACGCUUGCAGAAGAACCCAAAGCAGGCAGGAGUGACUGAUGCCAUAUCCCGGAGGGAGUCUCUUAAUCCGAAACCAAAACCCAUGCAGAGUUCUCUUCCACUACGGAUUUCACCAAAAGGCUCUUUAGACAAGGUGUCAUGAUAGUGUAUCAGUCCCGUUUUUAGUCUGAUCUUGUGGAUGGAACUCGGGUAUGAGGGCUGAAGUUCAAGGCGAAUAUUGGCACCAAUGUUGUUCCAUAAAGAACCAAUGAUCUUUUGUUAUAUAGAGAAGUCUCUAGUUGCCAGUAUUUAGUUGUGGAAGGAGUAAUAAAAGGCCUUAAUGUUGAUAUUCCUGAAGGGAUGAUAAAUAGUUAUAUUUUACAUUCCUGUGUAUGUGUAUAGACUACGAGGAUUAUGUUGUUUAUCUCAGUAUGAACAGAAGCGAAUCGAAUCAAUCUUGUUUAUGUUCA